AUGCACCUUUCUUCCCAGACUGAGCUGACCUGGAUAAGCAACAUGCACAACAGCACAGCUGAAACUCCGCAGGCGGCUGGAACGUGUAGCGAGACUUUAUCUGCACAGUCCCUGAGCUCCGAGUUCUCCCUGGGUGUGUUGGUGCUGCUGGCUUUUCUCAUGGUGUUGCUAGCCCUGGUCACCAUCCUUGGAAAUGUCCUAGUGAUCCUUGCUUUCAUCAUGGACAGAAACCUCAGACACCGGAGUAACUAUUUCUUUCUGAAUCUGGCUAUUUCUGACUUUGCAGUGGGUGUGUUCUGCAUGCCUCUCUACAUCCCUUACAGCCUGACGGGGAAAUGGCGCUUGGGAAGAGGCAUCUGCAAGCUCUGGCUAGUUAUGGACUAUCUCCUGUGCACAGCCUCAGUAUUUAACAUUGUUCUUAUCAGCUAUGACAGAUUCCUGUCAGUUACUAAAGCUGUAUCCUACAGAGCCCAACAGGGAAUCACAUCCAACCCUGUGGUCAAGAUGGUGGCCAUCUGGGUGUUUGCUUUCCUCCUCUACUGCCCAGCAAUCCUCUUCUGGGAGCACGUGGCCGGACACAGUGUGGUAGCCGUGGAUCAGUGCUACGCUGAGUUUUUUCACAACUGGUACUUCCUCUUGUGCGCCUCCACCCUGGAGUUCUUUGUGCCGCUGCUCUCGGUGACCUACUUCAACGUGAGCAUCUUCCACAGCAUCCAGAGGCGCCAGCGGCACGGCAGCACGCAGGACUGUGAGCCUCCGAGGAGCACAGGCAGCCUGUCCUGGAGAUUUUGCUUCUUGCCAAGGCCAGGAGCAUCUUCUUCAUCGGAAGUAGAGGACAGUGUCUCUUCCUCCAUGAGGACAAAGAAAGAGUUUUUAAUGACUGAGAACUCAUGUCCAACCAGAGUAAUUUCUGUACCCCCAGAAAAAGACUUCUCUUUUUGUGCAAGGACUGGCUCAAAACUGCAGCAGGACAAGAAAAUUGCAAGGUCACUGGCCAUAAUUGUGUGUGUUUUUGCCGUUUGCUGGGCCCCGUACACUUUACUAAUGAUUAUUCGUGGGGCCUGCCAAGGAGAGUGCAUCCAUAAGUCCUUGUAUGAAAUAACCUUUUGGCUUUUGUGGCUCAAUUCUUGUCUGAAUCCAUUUCUGUACCCUCUCUGUCAUGUUAAAUUUCAAACUGCUUUCAUGAAAAUAUUAUGUCCCAAAAAGUUUGCAACACUGAAAUCAGACUCUUUACAGAAGGAAAAAGGAAAAAAGAAGGCUCAAGAGGAGCUGGAUGUGGGGUGUAAAUAGUUGCAGUUUGAAAAUAGGAUUAAUAUCUUCCAGGAGAUUAGUCUAGUUAGAGAAUGUUUAGAUAAGCUUUCUGUGAAAUAAAUGCUCCUUCAGACAAGUGUGUAUUCCCAAAGUUUGUGUAGAUUUUUCCAGCUAUUUCAAUUGGCUAGUUAAAGACUACUGCUUUUGUCUGACUUUCAGUAGUAGUCUGUCCAUGCUAUCUUCAUUCUGGUUGUUGAAGAAGCUGUCUUCAGUUGCAGUACAGGUUACAUUU